UCCCACCCACUGCGCCUGCUUCGAACAAGAAGGUCGCUUCAGAGCUUCCAUCGAGGGUUCGACGACUACCAUUGACAACAGCAGUCUCACUGUGGCGUCUAACACCUUGCGACGCUAUCUACAUCCUGUGGUUUCAAGGCGAGUUAUUUGCCAGUUCAACUCCAAUCGAAGGAAAUGGCUGAUGAGAGUGGGAAGAGCUUUGCCCGGAGAUAUUGGCUUUUGAAAAUUCAGUCUCAGGUCCAGAAAUGGUGGGAAGAUGGUGAUGUGUUCAGGGCUGAUUCCAAAGUUGAACCUCCGAAACCUGGUGAAAAAUUCUUUGGAAAUUUUCCGUUCCCUUAUAUGAAUGGUUAUCUUCACUUGGGUCAUGCAUUCUCUCUGUCCAAAUUGGAAUUUGCUGCAGCAUAUAAGCGAUUAUGUGGUGCAAAUGUAUUGUUACCUUUUGCUUUUCAUUGUACUGGAAUGCCCAUCAAGGCCUCGGCAGAUAAGCUCAAACGUGAGAUUGAAAAAUUCGGUUUUCCACCAGUGUUUCCGAUUGUUAAUGAGGAGGAUAGUAAUGAUUCAGAACCUAGACCAGGGCAGAAACUGAAGGAAACCAGGGUCCACCGGAUAAAUUUAAGGGUAAGAAAUCAAAAGUAG